AUGCCGUUUGAUGCGCAGGCCUUGUGGUGGCCGCCUUUCCAGAAGCUGUACACCCAGCUGGAGAUGUUGAAGCUGGAGCCCAGCGCGGUGACGGCAGAUGCGCUCAAGGCCACGCUGGCAGAGUACGAGCCGUGGCUGGCCAAGGGCACCGCCGGCUUCCAGCCGCCCAGCGAGGCCACCCGGCGGGCGCUGGAGGGCGAGCCCUCGCUCGCCAUCGGCGCCAAGAAGCUGCCGGUGGAGGGGGGCCUGCGCGGCGCCGCCGCCGACAUCUCCGCCACCCUCCAGCUGGACGAGGUGCAGGCCUACAUCCUGCUGCGCCGCUGGGUGGCCAAGGCGGGGCCGCAGGCGGUGCUGCCGGCCGGCGCGGCGGCGGCGGGCGGCGGCGGCGCCAGCCUGUCGCCAGAUCAGCGCGUGGAGGUGGUACAGCUGUACUACGCGGAGCGCCUCUACCUGCUCAAGUCGAUAGAGAGCCUGCUGUGGGAGGGAGAGCGCGCUGAGGGCGGCCCGCUGCUGGAUGUGAUUGAAGGCACCCUGUCCAGCCUGCUGGGCGCCAACCUGGAGGAUGCCACCUUCCAGGCGCUGCGGGCCAACCUGGAGGCGGCAGCGCUUGUGGGAGGCCCCGCCGCCGCCGCCGCCGCCUCCGCCGCGCUCGCGCCCGUCGCCAUCGCGGCCUUUGGAGGGGCCGGCGGCGGCAGCGCGGGGGCGGUGGCCGCGGCGGUGGCUGACGCCAAGGCGAACGCGGCUGCGGUGGAGCGCUGCUCGCUGCUGCACAUCCUCAUCCUCAUUUACUACCACCCGCGCAAGCAGUGCACCCCAGACCGCUUCCUCUCUCUGGCCAAACUCUUCCACGCCCGCCUCUUCACACGCACCCCGCUGCCCCGCGCGGCCGGCGGCGGCGCGCUGGCUGCCGGCGCCGCCGCCGGCGAGCUGUCGCCAGCUCAGCUGUCCAUCAAGCUGGCCACGCUGCUCCUGCUGGAGAUGCUGGAUGUGGACAAGGCGCUGGCUGCGCUGGCCAGCCAGCAGCCGCUGGACGAGACGGCGUACGUGUUUGCCGCGCCGGCUGUCAGGGAGCGAGUGAACGCUGAGCUGGCCAGCUGGUGGCCCUCCGCCGCCGCCGCGCACUCUCCCGUGCUGCUGGCCUGGGCAGCGGUGCUGUGCCUGGCGGCCAAGAGCGCAGACGGCGGCGGCCACAACAGGGCCAGCCAGGAGCAUGCGGCGCACGCGGCCAAGGCGUACGAGACGGAUGCGCUGGGCACGCUGCGCCAGCUCACCUGCCACGUCGGCCUGCAGCCCAGCGCCGCCGAGAUGUUCAACAACAUUGUGCUGAGCACCAUGGCCGCUGCCUUCUGCGCGUUCAACUUCAGCCCCGCAGCGCUGCCGCUGCCCCAGGCGGAGCAGGUGGUUGCCACGCUGGCCAAUCUGUUCAGGGACCAGCCCGUGCUAUGCGAGAGCUUCUGGGCCGGCGACCGGCUCACAGACGAGCCGCUGCGCCACUUCUUGGAUGACCUCCGCUCGCUCUACCCCGCCCUGCCCGCACCCCUCUACACCCUGCUCGCCGCCCUCAGCAGCACACCCGACUCUGCCGCCUCCGCCAACGCCUACCUGGCGCAGCUGUCGGGCCUGGUGUGCCUGCACGUGCUGCCCGAUGCGGCCAUCAAGGAGGGAUGUAACGAGGAGCAGGAUGUGUUUGCGCGGGAGGCCAUGCCUCUGCCAGGCGCGCGCGCCCUCACGCUGCCUCAGGGCGUGCUGGGCGAGGUGGUGCCGCUGCCAGAGGGCCUCGCCUCCACUGACGGCCUGUGGACGGUGCCUGCCGGCGAGGACGUUGAUUCGGUCAGCCUGGUGCGGUGGCGCCUGGUGCUGCCCGACGGCGUGGGCCAGUGGAUACUGCUGGCUAGGAUGGCUGAGGCGCUGGCGCUGGUGCAGCAGCAGCCUCCGGGGUCGCCGGGCACCGCCGCCGCCGCCGCGCACACGGCCGCCGCGCUGGCUGAGCUGGCAGCUGCUUUCCAGCUGCUGGCCACCCUGUGUGGGCGCGACCCGCAGACAGCCAUGGAGCUGCUGCAUGUGGAGGUGCCCACCGGGGCGCUGGAGGGCGGCCAGCGUGGGCCAGACCUGCUGACCUUGGCCUGCCAGGCCGCCGCCAUGCUGGCGCAGCUCGCCGACCCGCCCACCGCCGUCAUCGCUGACUGCCUGACCAUCUGUGCCGCCCUGGCUGAGGGCAUCCCCGGUCGGGUGGCCGCCGAGCUUCUGUCGCUCUGCGGCAUCAGCGCCUCGCUGAGCGCCGCUGCCGCGGGCCGGCUGGCGGGGCAGGACGCGGAUGUGCCGCUGCUGCGGCGCCUGCUGGGCGCGGAGUGCGCUCGAGGCCGCUACCCGGCCACCCACGCGUUCCUGAGGCUGCUCACCGUGCUGGCGCUGGUGGUGUGGGUACUGCACCGGGUGCUGGCCGAGCACCGGUCCUGGCGGUACUGCCUGCGGUCGGAGCGCUGGCGCCUGGCGGGCCUCUCCCUGCGCCUUGUGCGCCAAGCCCUGCUGUCGGGCCCCUCUGCCACGGGGCCAGCCCCAGAGGCGAGCGCAGCAGCGGCGGCGGCGGCGGCGGCGGGCGCCGCGCAGGGCGCUGCCGCGGGCGAGGGCGGGUCUGCCAUCGCGGCUGCGGUGGAGGCGGUGCUGCGGUACGAUGUGGGCCUGGCCGCCUGCCUGCUCACCGCGCUGCCCUACCACGCGCAGCAGCUAGAGCGCACGGGCGCGGAGGCGCGGGGCGAGGAGGAGGUGGCCGCCGUGGAGGACUGCUGCAUCGAGUGGCACCGCCUGCUGCCCACGCUGCUGCCGGCUGGCACGCCAGAGGCACGCCUGGCCCCCGCCGCCUUCUUCCGCCCCUGCCCCGCCGCCGGCGCCGGCGCCGGCGCCGGCGGCGAGCAGGCGGAUGCCAGCGCGGCGGCGGUACUGCUCUCGUACAUCAGCUACCCAUACUUUGGGUCCGCCGAGCGAGCCCUGGUCCUGCGCAGCAUGCACUGCCUGGCGGUGGCUGCGGCGGCCGCGGCCCCGGGCGCCGUGUUUGCGGUGCUGCUCCCCCAGGACGGCGACGACGCGGGGGUGGCGUCGGCGGCGAGGAGCGCCAUCGCCGGCGCCUUCUCGCCGCAGGCGGCCGCCGCGCAGCCGGCGCUGCUGGGCGCGGCCUGCGACGCGCUGGUGGCGGCGGUGCAGUGCCACCCAAGCCUGCUGGAUGCGCUGCUCUUCCCCUGCGCUCUGGAGCAGGCGCUGCUGGGCAAGGAGAACACCAGCAGCAACGCCACGGCCGCGCUGCCCGCCCCGGGCGACGCCGGCAGCGGCGGCGGCAAGGCUGCGGGCGGCGAGGCGGCGGCUCCGCCGCGCAGCUGCCUGGACGCACUCUGGGGCCUGCUGCAGCAGCGCGAGCGGCUGCAGCGGGAGCAGCCCGCGGCGCUGGCCAAGCUGCUUCAGGUGCUGGCAGCCUUCUGGCAGUCCAGUGGGGCGGCCUUCCGCGCGGUGGCGGUGCUGCAGCGCCAGCCCGGCCUGUGGGCCCACCUGACUGGCCUGCUGGAAGAUGCCAGCCGGGCGCCGCCCCCAGCCCCGCCUGCCGAGGCCGGCGCCGCCGCCGCCUGGGUGGCCGCGGAGCCCGCGGCGGCGCUCGUGUCGGCGGAAGGCUGCGCGCUGCAGAUUGUGGCGGCCGAGUGCUACACGUGGGUGGCCAGCGGCGCCAGCUCAGCGCCAGCUGGCAUGCCCGCUGAGCUGGUGGCCUUCCUGCGCCGCCUGCCCGCCGACCUGCUGCCGCAGCUGCUGCAGCGGUACGGCGCGCCGCAGCCCACCGCCGCGUUGCUGCUGCGGGCGCAGCGCGCGGCAGCGGCGGGCGGGCUGCAGCUGCUGGGCACGGCACUGAGCGACGACACGCUGUGGCGCAGCAUGGGGGACGGCGCCUCGCUGGCGCCGCGCCUGGCCGCCGCCGCCGCGCCCCUGCUGCGCCGCUUCGCCACCAACGCCGAGGCGGCUCGGGUGCUGGCGGAGCAGGCGCCCCAGCUGGCGGCCCGCAGCUUCCCCGCCAGCCCCGCCGCAACUGCUGUAGCACGCCUGGUGAUGCAGCAGGCUGAGGUGCCGGAGCGAGUGGCGGCGGACCGGGAGCUGGGCGCCGCCUUUGUGUACGACGCCCAGCUGCUGCAGAAGCGCCUGGGGGCCGUGCUGGUGCAGCAGCUGGAUGCGUUGCAAGGGCUGUCAGCCUGGCUGGGAGCUGCCAGCGUGGCGGCCUCGCUGGAGGAUGCCAAGCUGGCGGCGAUCACAGCGCUCAAAGCGCUGCUGUCGGUCGCGCACAACCACCGCCUGGCCGGCGGCGGCGCCUCGUCCGGCGGCGGUGCGGCCUCCAGCGCCGACGGCGGCGGCAAGGUGCCUGCUGAGGCUGUGCAGGCGGCGCUGGGUGUGCUGUCUGAUGCGCUCAGAGACGUGGCGGCGGGGCCCGGCGACGCCGCGGGCGCCGCGGCGGCGGCGGCGGCCGAGGCGGCGGCGGUCGACCCUACGGGGGCGCACCUGCUCAACGCGGCAGAGGCUGCAUACAUCCUGCUGCUGCUGGCGCAGCGCUGGGCUGCCGCGGGCGGCGGCCAGGAGCCGGCCUGUGCGCUGUGCACGGGGGUGCUGCAAGCCGCAGGGGAGUGGCUGGAGGCGCUGGAGGGGCGGGAUGUGGGCAGCUUGAGCCCCAGCCCGGACGCCCCGCCCGCCGCCGCCGCCGUCACGCGCAGCCUGCUGGCCACGGCGCUGGUGCUGGCGCCGCUGGCGCCCUCGGCGGCAGAGGCCUGUGGGCCACCCAGCGAGGCGCAGCAGCGGCUGCAGGCGGCAGCCACCCGGCUGCUGCCGCUGCUGCUGGCGGCCUGCCACCGCCAGCCGCCGCACCUGGUGCUCGUGGUCUCGCUGGCGGCCGGCCUCAUCGACAGGCUGGUGCCUGCCGCCGCCUGGCUGCCGCUGGUGCGCUUCCAGCUGCACUUUGGCAACCUGCUGCACAGCAUGCUGGUCAGCCUGCACACCGCGGCGCAGCAGGCGGCGCGGCAGGCGGCGGCGCAGCAGGCCGGCGGCGCGCGGCCGCUGGCGCUGGCCGGCGGCGGCGCGCCCGCCGCGCCUGGGCUGCCGGCGACGCGUGGUGCCGCCGGCGGUGGCGGCCUGGGGGAGCAGCAGACGCAGCAGCACGAGGAGGGGCUGGGCCCUCUGGCGGCGGCCAGCGUGGAAGAGGCGGCGCUGCUGCUGGCGCUGCAGGUGGCGCAGGCGCGCAGCGGCGCGGAGCUCCUGGUUGAGCAGGGGGCAGUUACGCAUGCGCUGGCGCUGAGCAAGUGGCUGCUGGCGGCAGAGGGCGGCAACCUGAUGGGCGAGACGCCGCAGGCGGGGCCGGCAGGCGGCGCGGAGGGCGGCGCGGGCGGCGCCAGCUCGGCGCCAGCUGGCGUCGUGGUGGACUACAGCAACGCGUACCUGCAGGACGGAUCCCCCAACCCCGCCCACCGCCUCUGGUGCUGCGUGCUGUCCCUCAUGGCCAUGCUGCUGGCGGCGCUGCCGGGCCACGCGGCGGUGGAAGAGGCUGCCCUGCGGCUGGCGGUGGAGGCCGAGGCGCGGCUGCUGCUGGCCGCGCAGCCGCCGGCGGCGGGGGCGCAGCAGCCGCUGACGCUGGCCAUGGCUCAGGAGGCCAAGUACACGCUCUUCUUCCUCUGCGGGCUGGCACGCCUGUCCGGGCAGUGGCGCCUGAUGCUGCCCCGCUCGCUGCCCGCCUUCCGCGCCGCCACCGCCGCAUUUAUAGAGUUUGCUGCCGCGCCCGGCCGGGAACCAGUCAGCUGCUCCCCUGUCAGCCCCGCGGAGCGCGCCGCCGCGCGUGCAGACGCAGCCACAGCCACCGCCGGCGACGGCGCGCAGCUGCGGCUGGGCAGGGGCUGGUUUGGCGCGGCGGCUGGCGGCGCUGGGGCGGCGGCGCCGGGCGGCUAUGCCUGGCAGCUGGCUGAGCGGCUGUACAGCGGCACGCAGUACGCCCUUGCUUUCCAGCUGGCGCUGGCGCCAGAGGUGGCGGAGGAGGAGCUGGCUGAGCUGGGGCCCGAGUGGGUGCCACCCGCCGCCCUGCUGGCGCUCCAGGAGGAUGUGUUGGAGGUGGCGGGCGCGUGCGCCAAGGGCGGCGGGGGCGGCGCCGCGCGGCGCCUGGCCCGCACGCUGCAGGCGCUGCUUGGCCUGUCCACCCAGAUGCAGGACGGCAUGGGUGCGGAGCGGCCCCACCGCCACAAGCAGGCGGUGGCGGCGGCCAUCGGGCGCCUGGCACCGACCGGCUAG